AUGAGAUACAUCCCUUUCCUCAGCGCAUUAGCUGCUUGUGCCUUUGAAAGUGCAAGGGCCAUCAGCGUCACUGGCGUAGCAGAAGGAUUUGCUAAAGGCGUCACUGGAGGCGGUAGUGCUACUCCAGUUUAUCCAUCUACCACCGCUGAACUGGUCUCGUAUCUGGGAGACUCGUCCGCCCGUGUGAUUGUCUUGGAUCGGACCUUUGAUUUCACGGGCACUGAAGGCACUACCACGUCUACUGGAUGUGCUCCUUGGGGCACUGCUUCGGCGUGUCAGCUCGCUAUCAACCAGAAUAACUGGUGUACCAACUACGAACCGGGUGCGCCAUCCGUCUCGGUGACAUAUGACAAUGCCGGUGUGCUCGGUAUCACUGUCGCCUCGCACAAGACACUCAUCGGCUCUGGUACUAGCGGCGUCAUCAAGGGCAAGGGUCUGCGGAUUGUCAGCGGUGCCAGCAAUAUCAUCAUCCAGAAUAUAGCCAUUACCGACAUCAACGCUAGAUACGUCUGGGGAGGUGAUGCCAUCACCUUAGACGGCGCUGAUAUGGUCUGGAUCGACCACGUUACGACCGCACGUAUCGGCCGUCAACAUCUAGUCCUCGGAACCACGGCCGACAACCGCGUGACCGUUUCCAAUUCCUACUUUAACGGCGUCACCUCACACAGCGCGACGUGUGAUGGCUACACUUACUGGGGUAUCUACCUCGAUGGCUCGAGUGAUCUCAUUACUUUCAAGGGAAACUACAUCUACCACUUCAGUGGCCGCAGCCCCAAGAUCCAGGGCAACACUUUGCUGCACGCAGUCAACAACUACUGGUACGACUCCACCGGCCACGCUUUCGAAAUCGGUACCGGCGGCAUGGUUCUCGCCGAGGGCAACGUGUUCCAAAACAUCAACACCAUCGUUGAAUCACCCCUAGACGGCCAGCUUUUCACCUCACCCGACGCAGCCACAAACGCCGUGUGUAGUACAUACCUGGGACGCGCCUGUAUGGCCAAUGGUUUCGGCAGCUCGGGGACAUUUAAUAAAGCUGAUACUGCUUUCUUGGCCAAUUUCAAGGGGAAGAACACCGCCAGUGCUGCUGCGUAUACUAAUAUACAGCGCACGGUACCGUCCAGCGCUGGACAGGGUACUAUCUGA